AUGCAUCGAAACAUUUAUGCUUUAUUAUUUAGUUUUAAUUUGGUAUUAAUGGUACAACUAAAAAAUAAUAAUACCUUCUCUACCAUUAAGGAGACAAUUUUUUACACAAUAAAAGAAGAUUAUGAUGAAAUAUCAACUUUUCAUAAAGUAAUUCGAAUUGUCUAUAUUGUAGCACUUACAUUAAUUGGUAUUAUUGCUACCGUAAUGUUCAAUUGGAAUAUAAUUAAUUAUCAGCAUUCUCAAAAACAAUUUUAUCCAAAAAUUCAUUCACCUGAAUCAAUCAAUCAAUCAAGUCCUAUCACUCAUACGGAUGAACAAACGGAUGAAAAUGAUAAGCAAAAAAAGAAAUCAACUAGCAAUUCUAUCAAAUCAGUGUUGGAAUUGAAUGAUACAGGAUUGGAGCCAAAAUUAAGUGAUUUCCCAACAAUAAUAACAUCCAAAUCUCGAAGUAGUGCUGGACAAGAUGAUGAUAAUUAUAAUUCGGAGAUGACAUUAGCGCAGAAACAUAUCGGAUGGGACGAGAUCGAAAUGAUGCGUCAUGGCUUAAUUAAUUGUGAUUGUGAACGAGUAAUACAGCCAAAAAAUCCCGAUCUACCAGUAAAAAUCAAUAUUGGCAAUACAAGUAGUAGUAAAAUGACCAUCUCAAAACAAACAGAUCAUAAUUCUGCCACAACUGAAUCAACCCGAAACAUCUAUUCCGAUUAUUAUGAAGACUUUCAUAAAUCAAUUUAA